AAGAAAAACCUGGGUAUUCUACAUAUAGAGAUUCAGAUACCAUUGCCUAUGUCAUGAAAUCAGAGUCCACAAGAAAACAUAAAAUGCUAUCGAUCCAUCGCUGUUUCUUGCUUCUGUUAUAAAUUAUGGAUACAAACAUAGAUGAAGAUGAGAAGUAGAAGGAGAAGAAACACUUAGCUUUCAAGGAGUGGUAGAGUAGAGGAGGAGACAUGGCUCAGACAUGUGGGUGCAGCUCUGGAGAUGGUAGAUGGUCUCUCAAGGGAAUGACUGCUCUUGUAACCGGUGGAACUAAAGGAAUUGGGCAUGCAAUUGUGGAGGAACUGGCUGGAUUAGGAGCAACCAUACACACGUGUUCUCGAAAAGAAACCGAGCUCAAUGAAUGCUUAAAGGAUUGGAAAGCUAAAGGUUUUGGAGUGAGUGGUUCAGUGUGUGAUGUAUCCUCUCGGGCCCAAAGGGAGAAGCUAAUGGAGACUGUCUCUUCUGUGUUCAAUGGGAAGCUGAAUAUCCUUGUCAACAACGCUGCUAUUGUUAUUCAGAAACCAACAGUAGAGGUCAAGGCAGAAGAGUUCUCAACAAUCAUGGCCAUAAAUUUAAUUUGA